AUGUAACCUCACACUUGCAGUGAGCUCCAGGCAGCUGACCAGCUCUGCCGACUUCUCUAUCUUGUCUCUUCUGAGCCACAGGAGUGUGUGUGUGUGUCUGUGUGUGUGUGUAUGUGAACAAGUGUGUGUGGAAAUAAAAACACACCCUGCUUUUCGCACCAUUGCUGCUAUUGAGCCUUUCUGACACUGGGCUCUUUUUGGGGAUUGAAAUCAUCUUCCAUCGUAUUGGAUUUAUCCUACGGACUGACUUUAUGCUUUGAGGAUAUUCUUUUUGAUCUGCCUUUUUGAAUUAUUGCUUGGGCAGGAAGUUCAGCAUGUGAAAAGGAGUGGGUGUCUGCAUAUCGGGCACAGGUUCGUGAAACUAGAGCCAGAAAGGCGGAGUGCUACAGCAGCACAGGAGAUUCUGCUUUCGAGCCACGAGGCUGGAUACUUUAUUCAUGCUCCUGCCAGGAGUGAGACUACAGGAUUCGGGGCUGACUUUGGAGCCUGACUUCAGAACCGAACCGCCCUGGAUUUAAGCCCACCAUACUGCAGACGGACUUUGGUCUUUAUGCCAUGACCAGUCUGCUUCGGGAGAGACAGGUGCGACGAGAACCGUAUAUUUCUCAAAGAGGACUCUGAUUGACACAAAAGAGUUUGAUUAGGAAUCGCAACAUAAAAUAAAAGGAUUCUUCUCUCUUUUUUUAUUCCCUUUCUUUUUGUUUUAGUCCUUUUUUGUGAUUAAAUUAACUGAAAUCGCAUGCCUGCACAGGAGAAAGCUGCCUGAGGUCUGUCUGGAAGCAGAGCUGCUUGCUUUAUAGGUUUAUCUACCAUGGCAAAGCCUUUGAUUGCAUGAACUGUGGCCGCUGUGAUACAAGACAGGAGGUCAGCGGUACAAACAAGGAUCAGUUCAACAAAUACCAGCCUGGUCAGGAUAUAACCAAAGAGACCCAUUGGACAAGACAAACAAAUAUCUCCUGAAAGAAUAGAAAGGAGAGCUUAAAGCCUCAUUGGAUUUUGGGUGGCAGCAGAGGAUUAACUGGCAUUUCUAAAUCAGGGCAACGACCGCAAGGAGGACAUUAGCGAUGGCAAGCAAUUACAAGUCCUUCUUCGUCUUCUUCAUCAGAGCCGGGCUUCUGCUUGGCUUGGCCAAUCCACUGGUCACCUCAGCCUCAUGUCCCUCGCAGUGCCGGUGCGAUGGGACUUUCAUAUACUGCAAUGACCGGGAUUUGACUUCCAUCCCUUCGGGCAUCCCAGAGGAUGCUACAGUACUUUUUCUCCAGAACAACCGCAUCAAAAGCGCAGGUAUCCCAACGGAUCUACGACGGCUGAACAGUGUCGAAAAGAUCUACCUGUACUGCAACAAUCUGGACGAGUUCCCCACCAACUUGCCGCUGAAUGUCAAGGAACUUCAUUUGCAGGAGAACAAUAUUCGGACUAUCACCCACGCGUCCCUGGCACAGAUUCCCUUCAUUGAGGAACUACACCUUGAUGACAAUUCCGUGUCAGCUGUCAGCAUUGAAGAGGGUGCGUUCCGGGAUAGCAACCAUUUGAGGCUGCUCUUCCUGUCCCGCAACCACCUCAGCACCAUACCUUCCGGCCUGCCAAUGACUAUUGAGGAGCUUCGCUUCGACGACAACCGCAUCUCUUCCAUCUCGGAGGCAUCCCUGCAGGAUCUUAUAAACCUGAAGCGACUGGUUCUGGAUGGCAACCUCCUGAAAAACAGGGGCAUUGGGGAGAUGGCCUUGGUGAAUUUAGUCAACUUGACCGAGCUCUCGUUGGUACGAAACUCCCUGACUUCCCCACCCGCAAACCUGCCGGGCUCAAGCCUGGAGAAGCUAAAUCUUCAAGACAACCACAUCAAUCACGUGCCAGCAGGUGCCUUUGCUUUUCUGCGACAGCUGUACCGUUUGGAUCUGUCAGGCAACAACUUGAGCAGUCUACCCAUGGGGGUAUUUGACGACCUGGAUAACCUUACCCAGCUGCUCUUGCGCAACAACCCCUGGAACUGCAACUGCAGGAUGAAGUGGGUUCGUGACUGGCUGCGCAGUAUUCCAUCUAGGGUCAACGUGCGCGGCUUCAUGUGCCAAGGUCCUGAUAAGGUGAAAGGGAUGGCCAUCAAAGACCUAUCCACAGAGCUGUUUGGCUGCUCAGACACAGAGAUCCCAACCACAUAUGAGACCAGCACAGUCUCAAACACUUUGCCACCCUCUCGACCCCAGUGGCCCUCAUAUGUGACUAAAAGACCUGUGGUUAAGGGUCCAGAACUGGGAAGAAAUUAUCGUAGCACGACGCCGUCCAGUCGCAAGAUCAUCACGAUAAGCGUCAAAUCCAGUAGCGCAGAGACGGUGCACAUAUCUUGGAGAGUAUCCCAGCCCAUGACAGCCCUGAGGCUCAGUUGGCUAAAGCUGGGCCACAGUCCUGCUUUCGGAUCCAUAACAGAGACCAUCGUCCAAGGGGAGAGAACAGAGUACCUGCUCACAGCUCUGGAGCCCGAAUCCUCUUAUCGGAUAUGCAUGGUUCCCAUGGAGACAAGUAAUAUUUACCUGUCAGACGAGACACCUGUUUGCAUAGAGACAGAAACUAGUUCCCUGAAACCGUACAAUCCCACCACAACCUUGAACAGAGAGCAGGAGAAAGAGCCUUACAAAAAUUCCAAUCUGCCUUUAGCUGCUAUUAUCGGAGGGGCGGUGGCUCUUCUGGCUAUCAUCAUGUUAGCCCUGGUGUGCUGGUACGUCCACAGGAACGGUUCCUUAUUUUCCAGGAACUGCACGUACAACAAAGGGCGCAGACGGAAGGACGAUUACGCCGAAGCUGGAACAAAGAAGGACAACUCCAUCUUGGAGAUUAGAGAGACCUCUUUUCAAAUGAUUCCCAUAAAUCACAUGCCCGUUUCAAAGGAGGAGUUUGUGAUACACACAAUUUUUCCUCCUAAUGGCUUAAGUCUCUACAAGAGCCCGCACAGCGAAAACAGCAUCAACAACAGAAGCUACAGAGACAGUGGAAUACCAGAUUCAGAUUACUCUCAUUCAUGAUAGUGUGCGAGGAUUACAAAGACGUUUUAUUGCAAACGAGUGACUCGGAGACUGCUUGGUCUUUUGAAAAACACUGGAUUGAAAAGACUGAGAAAGCAUCGUUAUGUACAUUUGCCAUAUAAUUUAUAUUUAAGGACGAUUUAUUAAAAGGAAAAAAAGGUUCCGAUUGCAGGCCAUCACUGAGCUGUCGGUGUAUGCUGCCUCAAACUGCAAUUCUAUAUUUUAGAUAUUUGUAGUCAUUUGUACUGUACUUCCUUUACUUAUGGUUUUAGACCAAUUAAAAAAAACUUUGUGCUCUA